CUACCAACCUGCUCUGUCGAUCGUUUCUCUUUCACUCUCCAAAACCCUACUUCCGUAAAUGAUUAAACUUCUUGAACCCCUAUACUCUAGGGUUUAGAUUUAUUGAAUCGUCGAUGUUUGAAACCCUAGUCUUGGAUCAAAAUCAAGUUGAUUGAGUGCACUUCUGGGGUUGUUGACAAAAGAUUUCGAAAAAUUAGGGCUUUAUUUUUGGUGGGUGUUGUUACAUGUAUGGCGUCGGGGACCUUGGGCGCCAACGAUUCGAAUUCGAGAGAGAAGAAUAGGUGGGGUGAGAAUCAAAUAGUUUAUACGCGGAAGAUUCACCACCGCAAAACCCUCAAGAACAACACCUCAGCCACUACUAUCCCCUCCAACACCGCCACUGCUACCCCCUCCACCACCGUUACCGACACCAAUAAUAACAACGAGAAUAACAACACCAAGAACGAAAACGACAAGGUUCCACAACGGUCUUCGCAAACGUUAGCUACAGAAGAUGCGAAUUCGGCUGGGCAGCGGCAGCCGACGCAGUCUCGAACUGAUGCGGUGUCUGAUGAUUCCUCGAGCCACAAUCGCCUACCCCAAGCGGUGGUGCUGGAUGAGCGUGGGCCAUCUGGCAGAAAUGGGGCAGUGAACGGGUUUGUGAAGCCUUUGAUUACAAGGAUUGAUGAUAGAGUCAAGAUCAACUUGGGGGCAGAAGAGAGACCAAAGAAUGAGAUUAGGGAGCUUAGGCGGAAGCUAAUUUGCGAGCUUUAUCAGGUUAGGAGUUUAGCCAAGAAGCUUGAAGCUAAGGAGGCUCAGCUUACUGGGUAUAAUACUACUACUGAUGGCAGUGUUGUUGGUGGUGGUUAUAUUCAAUCCCAAUAUUCGAGAAAUGGUUUGAGAGAAAGAAGGGAAUUAUUGAGAGCAACUUCGGAGGUGGGUCCUCUGGGACAGCAUGAUUCCAUGCCUUCUGGCCAGCUAAGUGUUUCAGUUAGCGAUAACACUCGGACUCCUGGGGUUGGUGGGGAAUUUGUUGAGAAGGAGAAGAGGACUCCAAAGGCUAAUCAGUAUUACCGGAACUCAGAUUUCCUUCUUGGGAAGGAUCGGUUACCUCCAGAAAGUGCCAAGAAGUUGAAGUCCAAUGGUGGGAAGAAGCACAGAGGAGAGAUGGAUUAUGGGUUUGGUGUUGGUAAGAACAGGACUCAAGUGUUUAGGGCUUGCAGCAAUUUGCUUCAGAGGUUAAUGAAGCACAAGCAUGGUUGGGUGUUUAAUGAGCCAGUGAAUGCAAAGGCAUUGGGGUUGCAUGAUUAUCAUGAUGUUAUUAAAUGCCCAAUGGAUUUGGGUACAAUUAAGACUAGGCUAGCUCAGAACUGGUACAAAUCUCCAAGGGAGUUCGCAGAGGAUGUGAGACUUACAUUCCACAAUGCCAUGACCUAUAAUCCAAAAGGGCAAGAUGUACACGUUAUGGCAGAACAGUUGUCACAGAUUUUUGAAGAGAGGUGGGCAGUUACAGAGACUGAAUAUAAUCCUGAAUGGAGGUAUCAAAUGUAUCAUGAUUCUGGGUUACCCACUCCCUUUUCCAGAAAGGCUCCUCCUGCUUAUCCCCCUGCCUCUCUAAUUAGGACUUUGGAGCGAUCAGAAUCCAUGAUAGCCCCUGCUGAUUCCAAGAUGAAACCUUCAAAUUCUGCUCCUGUUGGAAGGACACCUGUUCCAAAGAAACCUAAAGCUAAGGAUCCCAAUAAAAGAGACAUGACUUUUGACGAAAAGCAGAGGCUUAGCACCAACCUUCAGAGCUUGCCUUCUGAAAAGCUUGAUGCUAUAGUUCAGAUCAUCAAGAAAAGGAAUUCGGCGCUAUCUCAGCAUGAUGAUGAGAUAGAAGUGGACAUUGAUAGUGUUGAUGCAGAAACACUCUGGGAACUUGAUAGGUUUGUGACCAAUUACAAGAAGAACUUGAGCAAGAACAAGCGGAAAGCUGAAAUUGCCCUUCAAGCAAGAGCAGAAGCUGGUCAUAUUAUUCCAUCGACGAACCCGAAUCCAGUUGCUGUGGAAGCACCAAAAGAAAGGAAAACAGAUCAAACAAAUGUUUCUUCUUUCCCUCCUGCUGAAGGGGAGAAGCAAGGGCAGAAUGCAAGUAGAUCUAGUAGUUCAAGCAGUUCUAGUAGUGAUUCUGGAUCGUCUACAAGCGAUUCUGAUAGUGAUAGUUCCUCUGAAUAUGGAUCAGAUGCAGGGCAUUCACCUGGGACUUGA